UUUGCAGGUUUCAAAAGCUAUGAGUGACCCUAUUUGUGGUAUAGAGUUCAAGUCAAUCUCACAGAUUGAUAACGAUCAUGUUGAUAUAUUCAACACUCAAAAGUUUGCUUUUGUUACAGUUCCUCUUUCUGAGAAAAACAAAAACUACGAGUUUCAACCUCUUGAAAUUUACAACUAUGGUUUUGAAUGGGGAUCAAAAGUUAUAGGUGCUGUGCCUGAUAAUGUAAAUGUUGAUAGUGCUGAUUCAGAAGUGCGCUCAAAAUCAGUUAACCUAUUGAAAAAAUCAUUAAAGCUAGCAUGUUACAUUGGUGUGAAUACUGUCAUGUUUAACUUGAACAAUGAUAAAAACACAAAUCUGGCCAGGCUAUGUGCUUAUCACUUACAUGAGUCGCAUGGUCGACCAAUGUGGUUCAGAUUAGCAGUUGGUGAAGAUUCAGAUCAUGAGUGGAACAAGUGGAAUAAUUUUCUUUCGCUUCUUCCUGAAAGUCAGAAUAAAGUUGGCCUAGUUUUAGAGCUGACAGAGAAGGUUCCAUCAGAAAGAGACAUGAUGCGUUGGUACUCUGAAGUCUUAUUGGGUAUCUCAAUUUCUACUGAACUAUUUGUUUCCAACAAAUGUGGAUAUCCAGUACUGAGAAGAGAGUUCCAAAAUCUGUUAGCAACUUCAUUCAAGAACAAGGUGCAGGUUGUUAUUCAUGGUGAAGAUCUUCACGGGAAGGGUAUGGACGCAUAUCAGAAAUAUAUCUAUAAUCUAUACGAGAAUAAAGAACCCCUGUCUGUUUAUGAAGACUUCUCUAGAGGAUACGAGGAAUUGCUACAAAUCCCUUUACAGCCUUUAAAGGAUAACUUGGACAAUUCAACAUAUGAGAUAUUUGAAAAAGAUCCCAUAAAAUACAAGCAAUACGAGGAGGCUGUUUAUCAAAUUCUCCUUGAUAGAGGUUCCCCAGUUCCAGGCGGAGAACCAACAAGUCAGGUGGUGAUGGUGGUCGGAGCAGGGCGUGGUCCUUUGGUUAGAGCCAGCCUCAACGCUUCUCGUCGCAGCAAAAUACCAGUCAAGGUCUAUGCAGUAGAGAAGAACGAAUCUGCUCUGAUAAUACUACGUAACCUUAUAAAAGACCCCUUUUUCUCGGAAGUAACGAUAGUAGACAGCGACAUGAGAAAGUGGGAACCACCCGAAAAAGCAGAUAUUUUGGUAAGCGAGCUGCUGGGCUCGUUCAGUGAUAACGAGUUAUCUCCCGAAUGUCUGGACGGUGCACAGCGCCUCAUGAAACCUGAUGGUUUGAGUGUCCCGUGUGAGUACACCUCAUAUCUUGCCCCCAUGUCUUCUCGGAAGCUUUACAACAACGUUGCUAACCAAGCUUCAGAAUCAAGCUCUCACGAGGAUUCGUUUCAUUUGGGGUAUGUUGUUCGCUUGCAAGCUGUUAACUUGCUGGAUAAAGUACAGCCUUGCUUCAAGUUCGUUCACCCCAACACUGACCCAGUCGUAGACAAUUCCCGGCACUUAUCAUUGGAAUUCAACACAGACAUGGACACAGUUUUACACGGUUUUGCGGGGUAUUUCGACGCCAAGCUGUACCGGGAUGUUUACAUCAGUACCCAUCCUGAUACCCACUCUAAAGAUAUGUUCAGCUGGUUCCCCAUGUUCUUUCCCGUCAAACACCCACUUCUCGUACGGAAGGGCGAGAAGAUUGUGGUGGAUUUCUGGAGGGUGGUGGAUGAUACUAAGGUAUGGUACGAGUGGGGGCUCAGUUCACCAGUCCCACAAGCUAUACAUAACUCUAGAGGGGUUAGUUACUGGAUAGGACUGUUUUCUUAAGAGUUUCAUUAUUGAUAUCUGCUCUUUCUCGUGUCUUCGUCGCGAUGAGUAUUUAUGAAAUACUGGAAUAAUGAAUCUAAUUACGGGUUUCUUAACUUAUUAUUAAUAAUGUGCUGUUCAAUUUAAUGUUAAGAUUUAUCAGACAGGCUUGAAUUAAAGUCAAUGCUUCUAAGGCUUCCUCGUUUAUAUUCAUAUUGUCCUUUACUACUCGUGAGCUUAUGACACAUUGAAUUACUAAUAAAAGUUUACCUUUAAAUACUGUUGUCUGUUCAUGCGGUGUCUUUUUAAUGCGAUGGUAGCUUUUUGUUAUUGUAUCUGUUUUGAAAGCACAAUUAUGUUUCAAAUGUUAUGAAUCUUUUAAUUGGUAGACGACGAUGGUUUUUUAACAUUAUUGAAUAUUAAAAAUAUAGUUUAAUUAUUAUUUUGAAUAUUUGUUUAGUGUAUACUUGAUUACCCAGCUUCAUAUUAUACAGUGCUUAAAGUAUUAAUUAUGAUCUCGAUCGAUUUGAAUUUUACCUAUAUUUAUCAACAAAGCCAAAACCCAAUAGGAAAGCAUGAGAGUAGCUACACUAUAAUAAAACUUUAAGGAAAGGUCACCUAACAUAUUAGGCUCAACAUUGAAAAUUAAAGUUUCAAAACUUUUGUAAUUC